AUGCAUCUGUUGAUACCGAUAUUACUGUUUCCAGCCGCCUCGACGGUGGAAGCGAAACCAAGCCUCCGCGCCGCACUCUUGAAUCGUCAGGCAUGGGCGCCCUCGUGGAGUUCUCUGAGCUCGGGCAUGGCGACGCUAGCGUCUUACCUGCCCACCAUGAGUUUUUCACCAUCUCUCGGAAUACUUCAGUCACCCGCUUUCGCGGACCUAGGAGCGUACCUGGCUGAUACAAUGCCGGCAUUCAGUGACGUCUACGCUUCGAUACCGUCGUGGGAACAAUGGCAACAGAUGAUGCCGAACCUUCCCAGACCCAGCUCACUUUUCUCGCAGCUGCCUAACGAAAUCCAAAGCGGGAUGCAGCAAAUGUGGUCACAGAUGAACCCGCUCGAUGUCGAGCAAUUCCGUCGGCGGCAGUACAGACGAGGAGCUCUCAUGAUGCUUGGACUCACUGGAUACUAUAACGGCUAUCAAGGAAUGUACAAACAGUACCGGAAAGGGAUAGAGGCCUACGUCGAACCGCAUCAGCGUAAGAAGAAAUUCACUGAAAUGAAACGUGUAUGUUACUACGAGCUGCCGCGGGAGGGAGCCGAGGAUAUCCUUGAACCCUCGAAGAUCAAGCCCGGAAUGUGCUCUCAUAUCAUACUCUCACAUGCGAAGAUGGGCGAGCAUGGGAACGUGGUCGUUCCCAUGGACCAAACGGACGACAACCGGCUGGAACAGAUGCUCGGAGAUCUGAAGAAAGCCGCCCCUAAUGUUCUCCUCUGUGUGUCUGGGAGAUCGAGAGGAGAGUUCUCACCGAUGGCGGGACUCAAAGCGCAUCGUUUAAAGUUCAUACGCUCGUCGAUGGGAAUCGUCCGUCGAUAUGGCUUGGCAGGGAUCGACCUGGACUGGGAGUUCCCCGGAAUGGAUGCGGUGAGCCCCCAAGACGCAGGAAACAUGGCAACUUUAGUGGAGGAAUUCAGGGACUACAUGGAACCGUGGAACAAGAAAGAUAAAGACGAGGAUUCGAAGAAAUUCAUUUUGACCGCCACCGUCUCCGCGAUGCCGCAAAUGAUUUCGAAGAGUUACGAUGUAAAGCGCUUGGCGAAACAUUUGGAUUGGGUAAACGUCAUGGCUUAUGAUUACGCAAUGCAGCACAGCGGUUUCCGUAUUAUGGAGCACAACGCACCUCUCUUCGAUCGCUUCGGCAGAUCAUCCGGUCCGAGUGUGGCUGCCACAGGAAUGAAAUGGACACAGGAAGGCAUGCCUCAUGAGAAAGUUGUCAUCGGUUUGCCCUUAUUCGGUAGAAGUUACGUCGCCCCUUCGCAAAGCAUCAAGAAACGAAUCGGGGAUCCCACGUCGCUGGGUAACGAGAAUCUCGCGGUCCGGGGAGACUACAGCGUCUCAGCUCCCCUUUCGAAUGGAGCAGAGUCCUCGAAACAGCAUGUCCCUGAUUUUGUUCAGUUGGACCAAGAUACGAAUUUCCUUCGAACUCCACUGUCCACCGCGGGAAACUCUCGAGAUGAAACUUCCUCUCAAACAGAGAAACUUUCUCCGGAUUCCUUCAUUGUCGCAGAUCACCAGAGUCACGAGGUCUCCGGAAGUGAAGAAUUCAAUCACGCGCUGCAUAACGGCGAAUUCACAGACGUCAAGAACGCGGUUCUGGGUGCUCAAGCGGUAGCUCCAGGAUCCAUCAGCGCCUUCUCGUCUUUCGCUGAUUCCGUGGGUGAUGCGGAGAACACCAUCGGGGGUCUCUCGCUGGGUCCAGGAAUGGACGGAGGUUUUGUACCCUACGGAAAGAUUUGUUCUAUGGUCUCUAACGGAACGCUGCAAGUUCACAUGGACUCAAACGCGAAAGUCCCUUUCGCCACUGAUGGCACGAAUUGGAUCUCGUUCGAUGAUACCGUUUCGGUUUCUAUCAAGUCUCGCUGGGUCGAAGACAUGGGAUUCGGUGGAGUGGCCUUGUUCAAUCUGAAUAUGGACGAUUGGAAAGGAGCCUGCGAUCCGAAUAAAACACCAUUUCAAAUGUUGAGAGCAGUGUGGAAGAUGCUCGGAUGA